GGUGUUUGAUGAUAAUGGUACGUGGCGGUAUUUUUAACGGGAAUAACCUGUGAAUUAGUCAACAAAGUUAGUAUAACAUUGUCAAAGCCGGGGCUAAUUAAACAAGUGCUCAAAUUUCUGUAAAUGGUUCAGAUUCAUUCCACAACUUGGAGUUUUAUGUACACCGUUCCUUACAAAUAAAUCUGAGGUGAAAUUUAAGCCUCUUUGUAUGCAAUUCUGAGAAAUCUUCCAACAUGGGUGUAAGUCUAUUUGUGUGUUGCCCUCAAUAAGAUUACAGAGCAAUUCAUCCAAAUCUGUCUGCGGAACGCCCCGGAGCCGAAUAAUCUUCGUUCGUGGGUGAUAUUUUUUUAUCUUCUCCUGUUCUUUUUGUUUGGAGCUUCAAGUUUUUGUUAAUGGAUUCACAGACUUCACGCAACAAAUUCAGCAAAUCCUUAAUUCAACAGCAGUCAAAAAGCUUCCAUUUUUUCUUGUUAUUUUUUGGGUUGCGCGAGGUCUGGAAAUUCGGCUCCGUGGGUUCGUUUCGAUAGUGAGGUAAGCUAUGUAAUUUUCUUGUAAAUUCAAUCCAUAUCCACUUUAUAAUUCUUUCGAUUGAGUCGACGAAUUGUUAAAAUAUUUUAGCCCCAAUUUUCUUUUGCGCUAAAUUACCUACUGGGUUUGGAUCCGUAUACCUGAUCUCGUUACAUAAAGCCUAAUUUUGAAGUAGCCUGCCAUGUCUGGCUACCCGGCCGGUCCCAUGAGGGCCAAGGGACCGAAGAAGGGUGCUAGGACUAAGACCGCAGGAUGGGCUACCUUUGAUUUGCAGCAACGGCUUAAGGAGGGGGAAUUUGAUAGCAUUGGCGUUGACCCUUUCCCUCCAUUGAUACCCAAUUCUUCUUCUAACCCUAAUUACAGAGGCCUAACUGUGGGGACUGAUGUUCGAGACAAACAGAUGAAUGCUGAUAUAACUGCUGUUUGUUCUAAGGAUAUUAACUUCAUGUCUGCUAGGUCCCCUGAUAUUGUCAAAUCAUCUGUUUCCGAGCCAGAUAAUAUGAUUGGACUUUACCAAAGUACAUCAUUACCUGGCACUAAUGUGCAGAGCAGGAUUGUGACAGAUCAGGUUAAUCAAAAUCAGCUUGUUGUUGAGAAAUUGAAGGGUUUGCACCCCUGGGCUGAUAAGGGCUUGAUAGAGGAUGUUCUAGUGGCUGCUGGUUAUGAUCAUGAACAAGCCUCCGCUUCUUUGGAUUCUAUGUCAGCUACAGAUUCUUCAGAAUUGUCUGACCUUUGUGAAGCUCUGGAAAAUGCUACUACCAAAGAAGGUCCUGUAAAUUGUGAUGCCACUUCUAAUUGCCUUGGUUCAGAAGAGGCAGAGGAAGCAGAAGGAAAUAGGUUAAUGGGGCUCAUGCUGGUGGCUCCUCCCGAGCCAGAAUGGGAUGGAAAUGAUGAUCUUUAUUGGAAAAAUCGGAAGGAUGGAUUGCGAUUGUCUAGGUCUGCAGGUCGACAUUCAAAGAAUGCUCAAAAUGCAUAUCUUCGAGGUGAUUACCAUACUGCUAGGAUUUUGUCAAAUAAAUCCCAGCAAGAGUACUUGGCUGCAGAGCAAUUCAAUGCCAAAGCAGCCGCAGAAAUUCUUCGAAUUGGAAAUGAAAAUAACAAUGUCUGGAAGCUAGAUCUGCAUGGUCUCCAUGCAUUAGAAGCAGUGGAUGCAUUGGCAUCACGCUUGGAAAUGAUUGAGUACAAUGUCCCAAAAAGCAUUUCUCUCUCAAGUGGAAGAAUGCGUGAGCAAGGUAAUUGCCAUACAGACAAGCAUGCUCCAGAAGUGCUCGUGCCAUCCAUGUCAAGGCCAUCUGAACUUGAGGUCAUAACAGGGUUAGGAAUACACAGUCGUGGAGGUGCAGCACUUCCGAUAGCAAUUAAAAACUUCCUUAUUGAUAGAGGGUACAAAUUCAGUGAAGCUAGAGCAGGGGUACUUGGUGUUCGCCCAAAGUUUCGGUACAGUUAGAACCACGCUCUAGAUAAUGGCAAGGCUAACUGUGUCUUUUGAAUAUUAAAUUGUAUAUUACCAUGCAAUCUCAGGGUUUUUCUUCCUGAGUUUCACAUUUACCUUACUCAAUUGCUUUGAAAUAUUUAUUUGAAUUAAUUUUAUUUCAGAUUAGAAUCGUCUCCUAGGGAAGCUUAACUUUUAUUUGUAUAUUUAACUUGAAGCACAAUAAAAUCCAUCAUUAUUUCUCA